CUGAAAUCACUCAAACGCACUGCAAUCGGUCUAUUCUAACUUGUCAUUGGCGAGCGGAAUUGAAUCGAUAUUCCACCGGCAUUGGCUCGGCAGAGAAUCACGUGAUCCUUCUUGGUUGGUACAUCGACAGACGCACAAAAAAUCCAUGCUUGAUCUCUGUGCAAUUGGCGUGUGACGCGCCCGCCUCAACUUUUAUGGUCGACUUUUCCUGUCAUUGUUUCAAACUCAAUAACCUUGUCGAGUGGGACCAGAUGAAACUUGACAGAGCACUGUUUUGCAUCACUCUUAGUACAUGUAGGGGAAUUUUGCAGCUGCAGUUCUAGUUUCAAGCUGAUAUCGGGAUUGAUUUCCUUGUUUCUGGCUCGAGUGUCCCAUGGUACAUUGGGACGUUGUCGCAUUAGGUCGUCAAAGGCGGCUUGAUGGUGUGCACCGUUGACGGGAGACGGAUAUUGGUCACUCCGUGUUGUCGUUGUCGAAUUAUUAUGAAUGACAAAUUCGACAUGUUCCAAUCCUCGCGGGUAGGCACGCCCUCGUUUGGGUGCUGGAAUUUCCAAAACGUGAAUGAUGCGGUCUAAUGAUGACACUCGGAUUCCUUCCUGAAGCCAAAAGGUUGCAAUGGGUCGAUUUCCAAUUUCCGAUUCGAUCAGGAGGAUGCAUUGACUGUCCUGUUGCCGCAAAGCCGCCGUCAACUCGGCAUACUCGGCCAUGUUUUCGGUUCGAUAACACACGUGAUCAGCAGGAUAGCGUGACACAUCCAGUUGAUAUAUAUGAUUGCGAUAGGGUAGAAACUCAGAGGUCAGGACUUGCAAAGCUGGCAGCAGCCUCUUCCUUGAGAUAUCGGUACCGAUAGAAGCUCUCUAGCUAGCUAGUAGCUCUCAAGCAGAACAAUGAUGACAAUCAGCAGCAGCAACAGCAGCAGAAAUGGAAUGACACGAUGGCAGCGAGUUUUGCUGUGUAUCUUUUAUCUCCAAGUGACGAUGAUAGCCGCCUUUCCCAACACCAUGAGAAUACCGGCUUCCAUUGGCCGUACUACUACUACAUCGUCGUCGUCGUCAUCACUCCACUCCUCUCGUGGCCGACCCGAAGAUUUGUUUGCGGCCGUCCAUCGCAAAGAAUACGAAAUGAAACAAGUCAAAUCGCAGCACACAUCCACCACCGAUCCCGUCAACAUGGCCAUGGGAUAUGGGCAACAGUCCGCUUCACCGAUGCGAUUGGCCAAAGCACUGCGCCGCGUCUACGACGAUCCCAGUAGUCCCGCCAAUCCUACCGCCGAACCCAAAUCUCCCGAACAGGAAGAACGAGACCAAAAACUACUGGAUGUGGGCAUGGCCGAUAUGGGCAUGCGACGCGCCAGUUUUAUUGUUGAUAUCAAACGCAAAUCGCUUUCUGGACAGCCAGGAGAAGUCUUUUGCAAUUUUGACGAUGCCGGCAUGGUGGCUGCGGCCAUGGUCCAAUUGGGAGCCGAUGUUGUCUUUGUCAAUACCGAUUAUCCGGCAUACGGAGGAGAUUUGGCCGAACUCAAAUCGGCCGUUCGAGCGGUGCGACGCGUCUCCAAGACUGUCCCCGUCGUCAUGAAGGAUAUCGUCGUGGAUGAAAUCCAGUUGGGACUCGCCAAGGAAGCGGGAGCCGAUGGGGUGGUAUUAAUGGCAUCGGUACUGGGACCGGCGUUGGAUAACUUUUUGGAUCUCGCCACCACCAUGGGGUUGGAGACCAUUGUCGAAUGUCACACGCGCAAUGAAGUGCAACGGGCACUCGAUGCACUGGCAUGUACCAUUCUCGUCACCAAUUAUGAUCGAGUCUCGCAAACAUAUUAUCCCAAACAAGCCAUUCAAUUGGCCGGAAUGUUUCCUGGUAGUGGAGGUCCCAUUAUUUGUCUCGCGGGGGGUGGCAUUGAGAAUACCGAUCAAAUGAAAAAACACUUGGCGGUGGGGUAUGAUGGCGUCGUGGUCGGCAAGGCCGUCAUGGGGAAUCCAUCGGCACCCGAGUUUAUCCGGGCGGUACGGGAUCGAACACUGCUGCCGGCGGAAUUCUCCCAAUGGGGACUAGAUGAUGUGGAAUUCGACACGGAAGGAAACCCAAUGCCGGGACCCAAGCAAGACAUUCCGAUGGAAACAGACAAGGAUGUGUACCAGUAGAUAUUUCAUACUUUGGUCGGCUUUCAAUCAAUCAGCAGUGGACCGAAAAUGGGGCGGUGCCGUGGCGGCAAAGUGGCCGAGCCUUGGUCGGUUGCCGAAAACAGUUUGUGGUCGGACUUUGCUAUUUGCCACUCAGGAGCAAAGAACACCCAAACUACAUCAUAGCCUUGGCUGGUGGCACAAAAGCGAACAAUAACAUCAAACGAAAAAGCAAAUGGUUGUAGAUUGCAAUGGCGUCCAAGCCCACCAUUAGCUUUUUUGUGACGGAAUGCGGUCGCACAAAAACUAGUAGAAACCAGCUUUGGAGACGAAUUUUAUAGGAGCUUAGAAGGGGGGCGAAGCAUUGCUGAUUGCGGAGGGUUUCCACAGUUUGGGCUGAAAACGAGGUCCCCAGGUUAUCCAGAAACCACAGCUUCAGUUGUUGAAUAUUCGAUGAAUUCCUUGCUACUCUCCGCCAAAAACUUUGAACUCGUUUGAAGGAAGCGCCCUUCCCCGAACAAGACAGAAUCAACACUGUCAAGUCAGCUACCUUGCUGCUUGGCCUGGAGAGCAAUUCGCCCAAAGGCUCCAGGCAUGGCAAGUUGCAUUCUCGAAAGUCUAAAUACAAGGACUGCAGAUCUGGUUGGGUGCCAAGUGCUGAUGCCAGAUCAUCCAUGGCCAGAGGUCUGUUGUAAUACCAUUCGUCUUUAAGGGACAAGCCAAAAUGAUGCAGAUUGCUAGGGAGUUGCUCCAAUCCAUGCAGUGUUUUGAUUUUGCU